AUGAUCUGCCGUUAACGCCCUAGGGCUUGUUUAGCAGCCGAGGGAGCAAGUUCAUUGCUGGUGAGUGGAGGUCGUCGUCGUCGUCUGGUUUGGGGAUCGCAGAGCUUCAACAAUGGCGGAGAAGGGCGGAAAAGGAAGAAAGGAAGAGGUGGUUAGCAGGGAGUACACCAUCAACCUCCACAAACGCUUGCAUGGAUGCACAUUUAAAAGGAAGGCUCCAAAUGCGAUAAAGGAAAUCAGGAAGUUUGCUGAAAAGGCUAUGGGUACUACAGAUGUUAGAGUGGAUGUUAAGCUCAACAAGCACAUUUGGAGCCGUGGGAUUCGAAGUGUGCCUAGAAGGGUACGCGUCCGCAUUGCACGGAAGAGAAAUGAUGAAGAAGAUGCCAAGGAGGAGUUAUACUCACUAGUCACUGUUACAGAGGUCCCUCCAGAGGGAUUUACUGGUUUGGGCACCAAGGUGAUCGACGAAGAAGACUGAACUAGUUUAAAUCCCUUGUUCUUUUUCCUUCUAGUUAGGUAAUUCCAAUUUUGGCUGUACUUUUAUUUAUUUGAGGAUGUGUGGUCUGGUUUUGUCCGUCUUGGAAAUUUCUUCAGCAGAGCAUUGCAAAAUUCUUAUGUGGUUCAUGAUUUCGGUCUCUUCAGAUUUUUCGGAAUUCUUCUUUUC